AUGAAAGGGCUAAUUCUUGUCGGUGGUUAUGGUACCAGAUUAAGACCAUUAACUUUAACUGUUCCAAAACCUUUAGUUGAAUUUGCUAACAGACCAAUGAUUUUACAUCAAAUUGAAGCCUUAGCUAAAGCUGGUGUUACUGAUAUUGUUUUAGCUGUUAACUAUAGACCAGAAGUUAUGGUUGAAACUUUACAAAAAUAUGAAAAAGAAUAUGGUGUUUCAAUUACUUUCAGUGUAGAAACUGAACCAUUAGGUACUGCUGGUCCAUUAAAAUUAGCUGAAGAUGUCUUAAAGAAAGAUAAAUCCCCAUUCUUUGUCUUGAAUUCUGAUGUUAUUUGUGAAUAUCCAUUUGAAGAAUUAGCUAAAUUCCAUAAAGCUCAUGGUGGUCAAGGUACUAUUGUUGCUACUAAAGUUGAUGAACCAUCAAAAUAUGGUGUUAUUGUUCAUGAUAUCAGUACUCCAAACUUGAUUGAUCGUUUUGUUGAAAAACCAGUUGAAUUUGUUGGUAACAGAAUUAAUGCCGGUUUAUAUAUCUUGAAUCCAGAAGUUAUUGAUUUAAUUGAUUUAAAACCAACUUCAAUUGAAAAAGAAACUUUCCCAAUCUUGGUUGAACAAAAAUCAUUAUAUUCUUUCGAUUUAGAAGGUUUCUGGAUGGAUGUUGGUCAACCAAAAGAUUUCUUAGCUGGUACUGGUUUAUACUUGAAUUCAUUAGCUAAAAGAUCACCAGAAAAAUUAACUACAGGUAAAGAUUACAUUGUUGGUAAUGUUUUAAUUGAUCCAUCUGCUAAAAUUGCUUCAGAUGCUAAAAUUGGUCCAAACGUUACAAUUGGUCCAAAUGUUACCAUUGGUUCAGGUGUUCGUAUUCAAGAAUCUGUUGUUUUAGAAAACUCUGAAAUUAAAGAUCACGCUUGGGUUAAAAAAACCAUUGUUGGUUGGAACUCUGAAGUUGGUAAAUGGGCUAGAUUAGAAGGUGUUACCGUUUUAGGUGAUGAUGUUAAAGUUAAAGAUGAAAUUUAUGUUAAUGGUGGUAAAGUUUUACCUCACAAAUCUAUUUCUGCUAAUGUUGAAAAAGAAUCAAUUAUUAUGUAA